GUUUGGAGGGCACUGCUUUCAAGAACCUUGGAUAAAUGAGCUUGUUGCUAAUUUCCCAGUCUAGUAUGGUGCAAAGGGCCACAGUGUUGGAGCAAUAUCUGCACAAGUCUCUCUCAUUUACUGGACUACAAUUUUGUGGAUAGAUACAAUGUGUUAUUUUCUAGAAAAGGACUCUUUAGACAGCUCUUCAAGAAUAAGCAUUCCAUGCCGACCAUAUUGUCAAUGCCAAGGCUAGGGAGCUGGAAGAAAUCAUUAAGAUCAGCAACAUAAAAGUUCCGAUACCUACCCAGAGCUGAACAAAUUUUUAAAAUGCCCCUGAAUUCACUUUUUUCAUGCUUCAGAUCUACCGUGAAAUGGACAGCAUUGCUGGCGAUUUUCCUGACUUGGCGAGCAGGGUGAAGAUUGGACAUUCGUUUGAAAAUCGGACGAUGUAUGCACUGAAGUUCAGCACUGGAAAAGGCAGGCAGCGGCCGGCCAUUUGGCUGAACGCAGGCAUUCAUUCCCGGGAGUGGAUCUCACAGGCCACGGCGAUCUGGACCGCAAGGAAGAUUGUAUCUGAUUAUGGGAAGGAUUCAGCCGUCACCUCCAUCUUGAAGAAAAUGGAUAUUUUCUUGUUGCCUGUGGCCAAUCCUGAUGGAUAUGUAUACACGCACACUCAAAACCGACUUUGGAGGAAGACACGGUCCCUAAAUUCUGGAAGUUCCUGCAUUGGUGUUGAUCCAAAUAGAAAUUGGAACGCUAGUUUUGCAGGAGAGGGAGCCAGUAGCGAUCCUUGCUCCGAAGUGUACCAUGGACGCCAUGCCAAUUCAGAAGUGGAGGUGAAAUCGGUGGUAGAUUUCAUUCAAGAACAUGGGAAUUUCAAAUGCUUCAUUGAUCUGCAUAGCUAUUCGCAGCUGCUGAUGUAUCCCUACGGGUACACAAAGAAAAAGGCCCCAGAUGCUGAUGAGCUGGUGAGUGACGGGCUGCCUCCCACCCAGCCCCAGGCCUGCUAUCAAGCGAGCGGGAGCAGCGUGGAUUGGGCGUACAAUAAUGGCAUCAAGUAUGCCUUCACUUUUGAGUUGAGAGAUACUGGGCACUACGGCUUCCUCCUGCCAGCCGACCAGAUCAUUCCCACUGCGGAGGAGACCUGGCUGGGGCUGAAGAGCAUCAUGGAGCAUGUGCGGGACCACCUCUACUAG